AUGAAUUUAACUUUAAGGCAAGUCUUAUCGCGACAGACCUUUAGGCUAUACGAUAGAAUUUCAUAUAGAAGUUUACCAAAACAGGUCGCUCUAACCUCACAAUGUCCUGUUAUACAAUUACAAUUUCGGAAUUAUUGCGAAGAAAGGAUGGAAACAAAGAAACUACCGCAGCUUAUGGAGUUCCCGCCGAUCAUGUGGCCGUCAUUCAUGAAUUUCAUAAAAAAUUGGAUGUUCGCAAAUUUCAUAAUUCGACCGUACUUUGACCAAGAAUUCAGCUUAAACGAGUUCAUUGAAGCUUCGAAACAUGCAGUUCAGGUUGUUUCAGAAGCCCUCCAAAGAAGUGACUUCAAAACCCUUGAAGGUCUGGUGGAGAAUAAAGCAAUAUCUUCCCUGAGGCUGGCUGUGUCCAAGCUGUCUAUGUCACAGAGGCAAAUGCUGGCCAUUGAUAAGGAAGAUAUCUUUUAUGCUUUCCCAUAUCAGGUGGGUGUAAUGUUUGAUGAUGCAGACAAGCGUUGGGUCGAAAUCACAAUGUGCUACCACGUCAUGAGGGGCCUGAAAUCUAUGAAGGAGGCUGGAGAUCUACCACCUAUAUCUUUAGGAGUCCAACCAGAGUACCAAGACAAAAUAUUCAUCCUCAACUAUAGAUUCAUAAGAGAAUUCACCAAAGGCGUCGAAGGCAGCUGGUGGGUUAACAUAGUAAAUCACUUCCAGCCCCACUUGGUAUUCAAGAAAUAGAUAUUAAUAUAAGUACACUGGUAAAGGAGCUAUUUUUAUACUGAAACUAGUAGUCAAACUUUCAAUCUCAGAGUUAACACGCAUUGAUCGCUACCAUCACCCUCCAUAACAUGUACAUAACAUGUAUAUCGCUUUUUGUAUGGGUAAAAUGGUUGCUCGUUGUUAAUAUUUUUUUAAAUAAUGUCCCUUAGAAGCAAAUGCACUAAGUCACUUUUAUUUUUUGUUAUUUCUGGUGUUUCGGUUUCAAGAAGUAAUCGGCAUCAGAAGGAAAGCUAGUGGUGAAGCCCGAGGCUUUUUUAUUCAUUGGCACUUGUAUUAUAGACUGAUUUAGUUUACAUACUCGGCUUUUUUUUUAUAAUAUCAAGUGACGGGACGAACAAGACCUGCGCCUGAUGUUAAGACUCACGCCUGUCCUGAACAAUUGCAGUACCACUCAGAGCUUUGCUAUUACUAAUCUAUGUUGCGCUAUACCUAUACCUAGAGUAGUAUAGUAUCUACAUUGUUAUAUCAUUGUGAUUAUAUAUCGAACGGCAUUUCACGCGAUAUUAAGGCCAUAUGAUUGGCCAGUUGCAAUUCACGUAGCAUAAAAAAGAUAUGAAUUGUCAGUUUAGAUUUGGAACGGCAUUUCACGUGAUGUUGAAGUCAUGAUUGGUUAGCUUGAUGCUACUUUCUCAACUAGAGUUAAAAGAUGGUCAAAUAUUGAUUUGUUAUACUAGUCCAUAGCUCAAUUACCAGUGUAUUCUAAAGUGUUGUUAACAGCGCAAAGGUGUCGCAAGUCAAAGUCCAAUGUAAAGUAUAAAAUAAAAUGCAGUUGAUUUGUUCAUAGAAAAUAUAUAAUUUUUUCAUGUACUUAUUAUCUAUUUAUGCACCAUUUUUAUCCUGUACAAAAUACGAUUCUAUAAAAUAAUUGGAAGACAAAUUAUGAACUAGUGAACAUUGAGAAAACAGAUUUAUAAGGCGAGUGAAAGCGGGCAAAUUGGUAAGGGCCGACAAAGACGAACUUACCACGACCAAAUUGAAGGUGCCUAAAGAAUGGUCAGGUC